AUGCAGCAGCACUCGAGCGGCGACACCGAGAGGAGCGGUAAGCGCAAAUCGAUCGGCAAGAGGAAGCUUUCUGAUCAAGGAGAGCCAUCGCAGCCGCAGUCACAGAGGACCAUCUCUGAUGUUCUGUCGAAGAAACGCUCUCAGGAUAAUCUGCCGCCACUCGCCUCCUCGACUUCCAAACGCUCCCGUUACUCCCACUCUCCCACUCGCUCCUCUUCCGCUCACCCAGUCUCUCCCACCAAGAUGUAUAACUUCUCCGGUUCGCCACCCAAGAAUGGCGCUGCCUUCGGUCGAAGCGCACCUGCUUUGAAUCCCCCGUCAGUCAAGUCGCAGGCGUUGAACGUGAACGCGCGACAAAACAACUUCAGUCCCCAUGCCGGUGCGAAGAAGCUUGUUGUCAAGAACCUGCGCACCGGACCUCGGGUCACCCAGGAGCCGUAUUUUGACAAGACCUGGGCGCAACUCAACGCAGCCUUGUCAGCUAUCUUCGAUGGUAGGAAGCCGGAUGUUUCGUUGGAGGAGCUGUACAAGGGGGCCGAGAACAUCUGUCGGCAAGAGCGGGCCGCCUUGCUGGCCAAGAAAGUCCAGGAAAGGUGCAAAGAUUACGUGGCUGGAACACUACGCGACAACCUGGUGACAAGAGCCGGCGGUGGGACCAACGUCGAUACAUUGCGGGCAGUGAUCGAAGCAUGGUCGGCGUGGCAUUCACGACUGGUUACUAUUCGCUGGGUGUUCUAUUAUCUGGACCAGUCCUUCCUCUUGCAUUCCAAGGAAUUCCCAGUGAUCCAGGAAAUGGGAUUAAUUCAAUUCCGUUCCUACAUAUUCGCCGACCGGAGUCUCAAGCCCAAGGUAUUACAAGGUGCUUGCGACCUCAUCACUGCGGAUCGAGUAGUAGAAGGCUGUGGAAUACCUGACCCGGCUUUACUACGAGCGUCCGUCGAUCUUUUCCACAAUCUCGAUGUCUACAACAGUGAUUUCGAGCCGUUAUUUAUCAAUGAAACUGAAAGGUUCGUUGCUUCAUGGGCUCAGCGGGAGGUUGCGGGGUAUCUGGCUUCAUAUGUUGAAAAUAGCCACGGUUUGAUCGAGCGUGAACUCGAGCGCUGUGCGCUGUUUUCUCUCAACCAAAGCACGAAGCAGAAGUUAUCCGAACUUUUGGAUCGGGUUCUGAUCUCGGAGCAGGAGGAUGCUCUUCUUGCAAAGAGUGACGUCCUUGGCUUGAUGAGAUCGAGUAAUAAGUCUGCCUUGAAGCAACUCUACACUCUCCUCAACCGAAAGGGCCUUACCAACAAAUUGAAACCGGCUUUCAAUAGUUUCAUCGUCGAAGAAGGCUCUAGUAUCGUGUUUGACGAAGCUAACGAACCGGAAAUGGUCGUGCGCUUACUCCAAUUCAAACAGGAGCUCGAUGCUACUUGGGCGAGUGCGUUUAAUCGGGAUGACGAUCUCAGCCACGCUCUUCGUGAAGCUUUUGCCCAGUUUAUGAAUCUCGGCAAGAAGACCGAAUCUACUGGUGGCACGGACAACCCUAAGACCGGCGAGAUGAUAGCCAAGCACGUUGACCGACUACUCAAGGGCGGAUUGAAGGCAACUGGGGCCGCCGGGCAGGAGGAUGUUACCAUGGCGGAUGAAGAUGCCGAGAUUAACCGACAGCUUGAUCAAGUUCUGGAUCUAUUCCGGUUCGUGCAAGGAAAGGCAGUGUUCGAAGCGUUCUACAAGAACGACCUCGCUCGGCGUUUGUUGAUGGGCAAAAGCGCGAAUGACGACGCCGAGAAGAGCAUGCUCGUUCGACUCAAGAAAGAAUGCGGCUCAAGUUUCACGCAUAACCUGGAAUCAAUGUUCAAGGACAUGGAUGUGGCGCGCGAUGAGAUGAGAGCCUACAACGAGGAUAAGAGUGCCAGAGGUCGUUCGUCCGUGGAUUUGAACGUCAGCGUGAUUUCUGCUUCCGCGUGGCCGUCAUACCCUGAUGUUCAGGUGACAAUCCCACGAGUCGUCGCAUCGGCGAUUAGUGACUUUGAGAACUUCUACCACAAAAAGCACACGGGUCGCAAGCUGCAAUGGAAGCACCAGUUGGCGCAUUGUCAACUGCGGGCUCGCUUCCCCAAGGAGGCCGUCCCGAAGGACCUGGUCGUCAGUUCCUUCCAGGCGAUCGUGCUUCUGCUAUUCAAUGACGUUGCCGAGGGCGAGAGCUUGAGCUAUGCAGAUUUACAGAAAGCGACUGGACUUUCGGAUCCGGAGUUGAAGCGAACUCUGCAAUCGCUCGCCUGUGCCAAAUACCGAGUUCUGACCAAGAACCCCAAGGGCAAGGAAGUCAGCACAACAGACCAGUUCUCGUGGAAUGCAGGGUUCACCGACUUCAAGCGACGCAUCAAAAUUAACCAGAUUCAGCUGAAGGAGACCAAGGAGGAGAACAAGACCACGCACGAGCGGGUCGCGGCAGACCGGCACUACGAGACGCAGGCGGCCAUUGUGCGGAUUAUGAAGAGCCGCAAGACGAUCAAGCACGCCGAGCUGAUGGCGGAGGUGAUCGAGGCCACCCGGCACCGCGGCACCCUCCAGCCCGCCGAGAUCAAGACCAAUAUCGAGAAAUUGAUCGAGAAGGACUACAUGGAACGAGCCGAGGGCAACCAAUACAGCUAUGUUGCAUAG